GACUUGCAUUUUGGCGGUGGGCAUUUGUAAUUGUCCGAUUUCAGAUAGAAAACAGACAGACAGAUAGAUAGAUAGAUAGGGCAUCGAUUAAACAAUUAAUUUGGGUGUUACGAUCGAGUUGCUGUCGAAAAUCUCUACACUCGCGAUUAUCGCUCAUUCCUCUUGUAUAACCGUUUCUGUUGUUCUAUGACAUUGGUGAUUUGAGAGACUUCAGGGUAAAGAAAGAUGGCUUGUAAAGGGUUUUUAGAGUGCUUGUUGAAGCUCCUGAACUUCUUAUUGACUCUUUUGGGUCUGGCCAUGGUGGGCUAUGGGAUAUACUUGUUUGUUAUGUACAAAAAUGCAACUGAUGAUGAUAUGGAUGCCCUACCAACAAAUGAAGGAUUGAUACAGCUUGGACGCCCUAUGCUAAUGGCUGUGUCACUGUCUAGCAACAGCUUUUUUGAUCACUUGCCUACUGCUUGGUUCAUUUACCUAUUUAUUGGUGUUGGUGCAAUUGUCUUUGUCAUAUCUUGUUUCGGGUGCAUUGGUGCAGCAACAAGAAGCGGAUGUUGCCUAACUUGCUACUCUUUACUUUUGAUCUUGUUAAUCUUGGUAGAAGUCGGAUGUGCAGCUUUCAUCUUCUUUGACAAAACCUGGAGAGAUGAGAUCCCAACCGAUGAAACCGGACAAUUCGACGCGAUAUAUGGAUUUCUAAAGAAGAACUGGAAUAUCGCCAAAUGGGUUGCACUUGGAGCUAUUAUAUUCCAGGCUUUGGUAUUUUUGUUAGCACUUAUGGUACGUGCUGCAAAUGCACCACCAGAAUAUGACAGUGAUGACGAGUACAUAAGUGGUCCCCGCCAGCAACGCCAGCCUCUGAUUGGUCGGCAACAGCCUCCCGUCACAGGUGUCCCCGUCACUGGAACCCUAGAUAGCCGCCCCAGCAGAAAUGAUGCAUGGAGUGCUCGCAUGAGGGAAAAGUAUGGGCUUGAUACGUCAGAGUUCACGUACAACCCGAACGACCCAAACAGAAGUCAGCAGGGCAAUGCACAGCCGACAGAGGAAAAGGGUGGUUGCAUCAUCAUGUGAUGUCAGAGUGACACGUGGGCAUGUCUGAUUGGAGAGUUUGUUGGUUGUGACUGAUUGGUUUGAUGUAAUGUAGAGUUAAAAAAAAAACAUAAUUGUUAUUGUUGUGUGUGUGUAUAAAACAUAAAAUAUCAGGAGCUAAUAAGGCUCAUGUUACUUGAUCCGACGUUUGUGAUGUUAUCACGUUUGUGAGAAAUGGACUCUUUGUAUUUUGUAA